AUGCUGACAGUUUUUUUUUACUACCGUGGUGUGGUUCACUCCGAAUUCCUUCCAAAUGGAGAAACAGUGAAUAAAGAAUAUUAUUUAGGCGUCAUGAAGCGUUUGCGUGAGAGUAUCCGCCGAAAACGUCCAGAUUUGUGGCAACACAACUCAUGGAUGCUGCACCAUGAUAAUGCACCAUCACACACAGCCAUUAUAGUGAAAAAGUUUUUAGCGAAAAAUUCAACAAAAGUUCUCGACCAAGCACCGUAUUCACCUGAUAUGGCUCCGUCUGACUUUUUUUUAUUUCCCAAGUUAAAAUUACCACUUCGAGGAAAACGUUUUGAGUCGAUAGAAGCCAUAAAAAAAAUUCGCUGA